AUGGAGCCCAAAGGGGGGAUGGAAUCUGAAUUCUCGCAUAGCCGACCAGAAGAGGAUAACGAAGGAGACGGGCGAUUAAUGCCCGAGUGGCUAUGGCGGAGUGAAGGUGACGCACCGGAACAAACACGCGAGAACUUGGACCCACUAUGUGCGAUCGGUGAAUCUGCAGUACUCGAAGUAGAAAUCAUCGGCCACAAAUAUGAGGGACUGCUUGACACCGGCGCGUCCCGCAGCUUUGUCCGUCCAACGGUAGUAGAGGAGCUGGGGCUGAAGGUACAAGCCCUUAAGGCGCCGUACUCAUUCACGGUGGCGAACGGCGCCACAAUCCACAUAGACAAAGAGGUCCAGAGGCUGACGAUGCUGUGUGGGGGAGAAUGUUUCACGGGGGACUUCCUAGUCGGCCCCAUCCCAUUCCCGAUAAUACUAGGAAUAGACUGGCUAGUAAAUCAUGACGUGGCCUGGUACUUCCAAUCGGACAAAAUUAGAACCUACGUUAACGGAAGAUGGUGCAACCUUCCCGUUCUAAGGAGGGGAGGCGACGUGAACCCUCACGGGAAAACGAAGAAAGCGGAGCGGGCAAAGUCUGCGGCGGAUCGGGCUUACGAGGAACUAGCAGCCCAGGUGGCAAGGAUGACGGUGGAGGAGGCGGCGGCACUGUUACGACCCCCACCUAAACGGUACAAAUCGAGACACAAGGCGGGAGAGCGGGUAAAAAUUAAGGAUAUACUUCGGCAAGCGAGAGAGGACACGGCGAACCUGGAGGGGGCACUUGAGGGGCUACUGUGA